CACAAAAUAAUAUUCUCUCUUAUACACUGCUGUGAUCUUAUAUUCGCCAGUGUGGCACGUUUGGUAGACAUUGAGGAACAAUCUCUCGUGUGGAGAAUUUCACUACUGAAACCCUCUUAAUAGAAUAAACUGAUCCGUCAGUGUCAGUUAGUAAAGCGAAGUGAGAUUAAUGAGCUGCUCUGCCUGAGGAUCACUUUAGUUGAUUUACAACUAAAUCAGUCUAUGGUGUGGCGUUGAUGUGAAUAUUUUUAUUUGCUUAUUGAAUUUUCUCUUGCAUUUGUUAUCAAUUUAUUUAUUUAUUUUUUUUUUGCACAAAGCUAGCGAAUUUAGUUGUGUUAAACGUGGACUUGAGAGUUUUGAAACAAGAAGGCAAUACGUGAAUAUGAAGAGUUUAAUCCUAAUUGUGAUAUUCAUGCUUGUAGCAGGAUCAGUUACAUAUGGUCAGAGAAUGGGUAUGAGAGGAGGUCGUGGGCGUGGAAGACUUAAUUGGAAUAGUGGAAGAAUACCCACUAAUAUACAACAUCGAUCACCAUCAGCAGUCACUUAUUAUGAUAAUAAGGAUGGUGCCAAAAUAGUCAAAUCAUCACAUUUUGAGUUUGAUUAUAUGCUGGGAAGAAAGAAAAUAUCUCAAUAUUUUACACAGAUCACAUUUUUCUGCAUGGCUAUUGGUAUUCCUAGACCAGAGAUUACCUGGUUUAAGGAUGGUGCUGAGUUGUAUCAACAUAGAUUCUUUCAGGUACAUGAGUGGACAAUUGGCAAUGAUACAGUGAAAUCUAAAAUGGAAAUUGAUCCAACGACGCAAAAAGAUGCCGGUUAUUAUGAGUGUCAGGCGGAUAAUCAGUACGCCAUCGAUCGGAGGGGCUUCCGCACAGACUAUGUAAUGAUCAACUAUUAAUUACAUUAAGAACUUUUUUUUUUACACAUCCUAAAUAUUAAAUGUAAUCCCAAAAAUGUUUUCAUGUUACUUUUGAAAAUAUAAUUUAACCCCCAAGUAUCCAAA